UGACUUUCCUCGCCAAGUGUGACUGAGCAGAGCAGCGACGUGCAUCAAAGUGUAUGUGGGUUGCUGGCUUACCCUCACGCACCCACCGCUCCUCUCACAACUCUUUUGGGGAUCUCCGAGUCCCUUUCCUAGCUGACGGGCUCCCCACAAAAAGCAGUCACCAUUUCUGCCCCCGGGAGACCCACGCUGGCAGCGCAGCCCCUUCCCCGACUCAGCAUCGGGAGGAAGACCCUGGUGGCGGCUGCCGUGGGGGUUAUGCUGGUCCUGGUGUUGGUGGUACUCAUCCCUGUGCUUGUCAGCUCCGUGGGUACAGACGCCAGCCACUAUGAGAUGUUGGGUGCCUGUCGUAUGGUGUGCGACCCGUACCUGAACAAGGGCACAGCGGCCAGCAGCACCACUUCCACCGGUCUCCAAGCGGAGGCAGAGGCACUGAGUGACCACAGCAACGUGCUUCCACCCUCCACCUUACUGCAGGGCCCACAGGGGAAGCCUGGCAGGCCAGGUAAGCCAGGACCGCCAGGACCGCCGGGACCGCCGGGGGAACCAGGACCACCGGGGCCAGUGGGACCUCCUGGCGACAGAGGGGAUCAGGGUAGGACUGGGAUUUUGGGCCUGGGGGAGAAUGGAGCUAUCAGCACAGCCACCUACAGCACAGUGCCUCGGGUGGCUUUUUACGCAGGGCUUAAGAACCCCCACGAAGGCUACGAGAUCCUCAAGUUUGACGAUGUUGUCACCAACCUUGGAAACAACUAUGAUGGUAUUUCUGGCAAGUUCAUCUGCAGCAUACCGGGCACAUACUUCUUCAUCUAUCAUGUGCUGAUGAGAGGAGGGGACGGAACCAGUAUGUGGGCAGACCUCUGCAAAAACGGUCAGGUUCGUGCCAGCGCCAUUGCUCAAGAUGCCGAUCAGAACUACGACUAUGCUUCCAACAGCGUCAUCCUUCAUCUGGAUGCGGGAGACGAGGUGUACAUCAAGUUGGACGGGGGCAAAGCCCACGGAGGCAACAACAACAAGUACAGCACGUUCUCUGGCUUCAUCCUAUACGCAGAUUGAGAACACGUGCUGAGAGACAGAAAGACACUGAGAGAAAGACUUGUACUAUAAAGGGGGUGGGUCUGUGUGUGUGUGUUAAAGCCGGAAUGUAUCUAGUUUUCCCAAUUCUUUCCAUGAUUACGGACACCUCUGCUUUGUAUCCAUCUGCCACACGUCUCGGCCGUACGGAUGAGGCUGGAUGCAAAGCGUCUGAAGACGCGGGAAUUCGUGGGAGGAGUGGGACACGGGGUGGAGACGGGCUGGUUUUCUGCACUCUUCGCCAUGUUGCCAACUUGUCAGAAGCUUCUCGCUUUCAGCGUCUCUCCUCUUCAGAAAUAUCAACAGCAAAAUUGGAAACCCUGCAAAAA